AACCCCUUAGAGAGACUCUCUCUCUUUCUCUUUCUUGUUUUUCCUUCCUCUAUAUCUGUGUCAUCCUCACCCUCCUCCCUUCUUCAUUAUAUCCCCAUUUUACCUUCCUUCACUCUACCACUCUAGAAGAAGUUUUUAAAACAAAAAAAACUCAAAUUUCCUUUUUUGCUCUAUUUCCAAAGAAACAGAAAAAUCAGCAAACCCCAACUCCAAGUAGAGUCCCUCCUCUCUCUCUUUCACGCUCAUCGACGACGACGACGACAACAACAUGGAUUCUUCUCCUCAUCAGAACUGGCUCGGCUUCUCUCUUUCCAACCACUCCAACUUGCCCUCUCACUCCUCUCCCCUCUCUCUCUUUCACUCCUUUACCUCUUCCUCCGCAGGCAGUGUAGUUGAUGCAGCUGCUUCAGAAAAAGAUGCAACCGACUUAUCAAUAUUCACCGGUGGCCCCAAGCUGGAGGACUUCUUGGGCGGCGGCUCCACCGCCACUGCACCGCUAGCUCAGUUUUCUAACGAGACUUCUGUGACGACUGUCAAUCAUGUCUCAUCAACUCAUCCUCCUACAGAGACUGAACAUGAUAACAUGUAUGAUUCUGAGCUCAAAACCAUAGCCGCUAGUUUCCUCCGCGGUUUCUCCACCGAACAACAGCAGCAACAACAACAAACCCAAACCCAAACCCAAAACCUCCAUGUUGCUACUACCGAGCCACCGCCUAAGAAAACUGUUGACACCUUCGGCCAACGCACUUCCAUCUACCGUGGCGUGACCCGACAUAGGUGGACAGGCAGAUAUGAAGCACAUCUUUGGGACAACAGUUGCAGAAGAGAAGGGCAAAGUAGGAAAGGAAGACAAGUUUAUUUGGGUGGUUAUGAUAAAGAAGAGAAAGCAGCAAGAGCUUAUGAUCUGGCUGCUCUUAAAUACUGGGGGCCGACCACCACUACAAACUUUCCGGUUUGUAACUAUGAGAAAGAACUGGAAGAGAUGAAAAACAUGACUAGGCAGGAGUUUGUUGCUUCACUUCGAAGGAAAAGUAGUGGGUUUUCGAGAGGAGCAUCUAUCUACAGAGGCGUUACGAGGCACCACCAACAUGGUAGAUGGCAAGCAAGAAUUGGAAGAGUUGCUGGCAACAAAGAUCUCUACCUUGGCACCUUCAGCACCCAAGAAGAAGCUGCUGAGGCCUAUGACAUUGCUGCCAUCAAGUUCAGAGGCCUAAAUGCUGUAACCAACUUUGACAUGAGCCGCUAUGACGUAAAGAGCAUUGCCAACAGCAACCUUCCCAUCGGAGGAAUGUCUAGCAAAUCAAAGAAUUCAUCUGAUUCUGCAGCUUCUGAUAGCAAGAGCAUUGACGGGGGAAGCCGAUCAGACGAGCGUGAUCUUUCCUCAGCAUCCUCCAUUACCUUUGCAUCACAGCCAUCGAGCUCUUCCUUAAGCUUUGCAAUACCCAUCAAACAAGACCCAUCAGAUUACUGGUCCAUCCUUGGAUACCAAAACAGUGCUACUUCUUUUGGCAAUGCCAAGAACCCUAGCGUUGAACCACACUUAAUUCCAUCUACCACAAAUGUGUCUGCCUAUCAUAACACCACAACUUUACCCUUUAACAUGGACUAUUGUGCAAGUUCUAACUCUGCCUGUGAAAGCAACAAUGGGUAUUUCAAUGCAGGCUAUAAUGUUCAUCAACAGAAUAAUGGUACGUCACAUAUCCCAUUUGCCACACCCAUUGCCUUAAGUGGUAACAAUAGUUAUAAUGAGGGUUCCUCUGGUUAUGGAGGCAGCUGGAUUGGCCCAGCUCUACACACAUUCCAAACUCAUGCAAAGCCCAAUCUUUUUCAGACACCAAUUUUUGGAAUGGAAUGAGCUCACACACUAGGGGAAUGAGAAUCUGUGCAAAAUUAUGAAAAAGUGAGGUGGGUAUUGUUGUUGUUGUUGUUGUUGGUGUUAACAAAAGCACAAGGGGGGGGUCAACUUUAGUUGAAUAGAUGAUGAGUUGGGACUGACAUAUCAUAAUUCACAGGUGCAGCAGAGCUGACAUGUGUACUAACUGAAGUUCUUUGUUAAGGUCUUGGGUUCUCCUUUUUUUGGCUUUUUUUCCAUUUUUCUUUUGCUUUUCUCUUUUUCUUUUACUGACAUGAUUUACGUGGGUAUAAUGGGAGAGAAUCCUUCUGUAAUGCUUCCAUCUUGUUAGUAUUUUUCUUUUUCUUUUUGCUGAACAUCUUGUUAGUACUUAUUAAACUAUCAAUGUGAAAAAUUUCCAUACA